AUGUACCAAGAGCACUAUGAUGCUCUCUUCUCCAUGGACUUCAUGGACACCAAGUACCCACAUGUUGACACCAUGAAGGCCCUUGGAAUCUUUGAGAUGUGGAGUUGGUCCUCAAGAACAUGCACUUGGCCAAGCUCUUCUCUACCACAUGGAAUCCUACAAGGAGCUCACUUGCGAGUUCCUAGCUUCAAUGAGGGAGAGAAGAGAAUGGUGACCUUUAGGCAGCUGGAGAUCUUGUUUGGGUUCAACUAUGGAGAGGGAACCAAGUGGAACUUCAAGGAAAAGGAACUCCAAAGGGUUUGGGCUACAAUCGCUGAUGGAGUGUACUCUUCCUCAAGGUCCAAGGCAGCUCAGAUCAGGAGCCCAGUCUUGAGAUAUCUCCUCACCUACAAGAUCACAGCUUACAACACUAGGCACCAAAGAGGAAGAAAGCUUAGUGUUGGAGGGCUCAUCACACCUAUCUUGUGUGCUGCUGGAGUAAACCCAACUGAUAGAGAGCUACUGAACCAGGUUGGAUGGACAUCAAGUUUUGCAAGACCAACCUCCUCAUUGAGCACAAGGAGUUGGAUGGGAGGUUCCAAUUCAAGUUCACACAUCCAUUGGCUGGACCCUCCAAGCUUUCUCCUGCCCAACCCAGAGCUCACCACAGUUGUAAGGGGUGAGAACAUUGACUUCAGACCCCCUGUGUACACAUUAGUUGGGCAUGAGGAUGAUUGCGAGAAGAGGAGCCUGAGCUCGAUCGAGCUGAGUCGAGCUGAUCGAGCUGAGGAUCGAGCUGAAAUCAGGUCCAGGGAGCGCUGA